AUGGUUGUUGCAUGGCUUAUUUCCUUGGAUGAACCCAUUGCAAAGAAUAGAGAAAAUGUUCUCUUGAUCGUGAGAGUUUACUACCCAUUCUGUGCGACUUCUCCAGUACAAAAAAUCUAUGCUUCAGACCUGUUUAAUCUCCAUUUUCUCUCAUCUGUUGCCCUGUUCCUACUUUUCAUUUUACAGCUUAACCAGACAGCACUGCCCCUCCCAACUGGCCCUUUUAACUUCACUGGAAUCCUUGACAAAAAUGGCCAAUACACUAACUUCCUUCGCCUUUUAGCAGAUACUCAAGUUGGAAGCCAAAUACAAAAUCAACUCAACAGCACCAGUGAAGGCUUUACCGUUUUUGCUCCCACAGAUAAUGCCUUUAACAACCUCAAAGCUGGUACCAUCAACAGUCUCGACGAACAACAGAAAGUACAGCUAGUUUUAUACCACGUUCUACCAAAAUACUACUCUUUGAACGAUCUUGAAUUCGUUAGCAACCCAGUCAGAACCCAAGCUACUGGUCAAGAUGGUAGAGUUUUCGGGCUCAACUUUACUGGCCAGAACAACCAGAUUAACGUGUCAACCGGGAUAGUUGAGACACAGAUUAACAACGCAUUAACUCAACAGAAACCUCUGGCAGUUUAUCAAGUAGACAAGGUGUUGUUGCCUGUAGAGUUUUAUGAAGCUAAUUCUCCAGCUGCAGCACCUUCACCAGCAACAAAAAAAUCAUCAGCAGGAUCUAACUCAACUACAUCAACCGCAGAUGGGCCAGCUGGUUCAGGCUCAAGAGGAAGGAAUAUGGGGUUGGGGUUGGUUGUUGGGCUUGCAUUGGCUUGCAUGGGAUAUUUAUCUCAUGACCAGAUAUGAAGUUUGUAUUUGUGGUAUCUCAAUUUCUUUGUUUUUCAAGGGAUAAGGGUCUAAUUGGGCUUUGAACAUAUACUUUCAUCCACGUUAUUUGCAUUUCUUGCAUUUUUGUUGAUUUUCCUCUGCACUGCUUGAUGUUAAGAAUAUGAGUUUCUCAAAAUGCUUUAGUCUCUCCAUUUCUCUUCUCCUGCCGUAUAGAUCUGCGUUUAAUG